AUGGAGGCUGUCAUUGAGGAGCUACUGUUAUCUGGGGAUGGGAUAUCUCAGAAGCAUGGAGAAAUAUACGAGAUACUCGGGUUGGAUGUGAUAUACGACCGAGGGACACUAAAGAUAUAUAGCACUAGGAAGGCCAAGAUAACAUCCAUAAGCUCUGGGAUACACGUGCAUGCCUCGUAUAAAGCACUGCGUCAUUUGAUGACUCGUGGGCUUGUUAACGAGAACGGCCGUGGGGUACCGCUUGAGAUGAUGGACAUGAUGGGGAACAGAAUUGUGGUUACGUUUUCUGGACAAGGCCGGAUGAACAGAAUUGCAAUUGUGACAAGCGGAGGAGAUGCACCCGGAAUGAAUUCUGCAAUCAAGAGUAUAAUCAGGACUGGGAUAAAGUGGGGAGCAUCUGUGUAUGGAGUGUAUAACGGAUAUGACGGGCUUAUCAAUGACAACAUACGUAGACUAAGCUGGGACACUGAGACCCACUGUAGCAGCCAGGGAGGAACGGUUCUUUUAUCUGCAAGAUCGCAAAAGUUCAUGGAGCGAAAUGGAAGGAAGCAGGCUGUGCUGAAUAUGGUACAGAAGAGGAUUAACUGCAUGAUAGUCCUAGGGGGGGAUGGAUCUAUGAAGGGGGCUAUGACUCUUAGAGAUGAAUUCAAGGAACAUCUAAGAGACCUUAUACGGGAAGGAAGGAUUUCUAUGAAAGUUCUUCGGAAGAUAAAGAUGGACAAAACAGGACCUCAAGAUGAAGAAAAGAUCCAGGCAACUACGGACACAAGUGUGGUUGGAUACUCUGAUUUUUAUGGAAAGCCUGAGUGUUACAAGGAGGUGCCCACGGUCUACCACGAGCUUAACUCAUCAGACGGCAUUGAAGACUUUCAAGACAAUGACGAGUGUUCUGGUGAAAGUAUAGAUCUAAACGACAUAGAAAGUUAUGUUUACGAUUUAAAGAUUAUAGGGAUUCCUGCGACGAUAGACAAUGACAUCUGUGGAGCAUCCAUUUCUUUAGGAGAAGAUACUGCAGUCCAUAGGGUUAUUGAGGGAAUAGACCACUUAAUAUCUACCAUGAAGUCGCAUACCCGUACAUUUGUUAUUGAGGUUAUGGGAAGGAAAUGCGGGUGGAUAGCUCUUAUGUCUGCUUUAGCAAGCGCUGCAGACUAUGCCCUGCUUCCUGAGACACCUACUGAAUGGAGAAAGGAGAUGAUAGAGGCUCUCAUGACUGCAAAAAGGUAUGGAAAGUCGGGAACAUUUGUUAUAGUUGCAGAGGGUGCUAUUGAAGAGGAUGGAACGGCUAUAACUGCCUCUCAGGUUGUGGAAGAGAUUUCCAAGUCUGGGAUAGAGGUCCGGCUACUCAAGUUAGGACAUAUUCAGAGAGGAGGGCCGACUUCUGCCCAGGACAGGAUAUAUGGGACUCUUCUUGGGGUCAAGGCUGUUGAAAUCCUACUAGGGCCCAUGAAGGAACCUAUCAUGAUUAGUAUAUUCCGAGAUGAGAUUUCCGAGGUUGAAUUAAAAGAGGUUAUAGAGAGGAACGAUCUAGUCAGAAGCCUUCAGGAAAGAAAAAGAUUUGAUGAGAUCCUGAGAAGCAGAAGUGACUUCUUUAGGCUUGCAUAUUCAUAUUUCAAGAAGUCUCUAGUGACUGGGAUGGAAGACAUGAACGGAAGUCGGAGCUAUAAUUUAAAUCCUGGGGAGAGCCAUAAGAAUCAAAAGGCUCGGAUAGGGAUAUUGCAAUUUGAGCGUAGGUCCAGUGGAAUGAAUACAGCAUUGAAUGCCGCAACCCAGUAUUCGUUAAUGGUUGGAGCAGAGCCAUACUAUAUACCUAACGGGUUUGAAGGGCUUAUAGGAGGCAGGCUUGUGAAGCCACGACCUUAUGAGUUCUUUGGAGAUGUAAAUAAUGGAGGAUCUGCAAUAGGAAUAGGAGAUAGUGAGGAAGUAGACAUCGGGUUAGUCCAGAAGAAGGUGGAAGAAUAUAAGUUAGACUCGUUGAUAGUCAUAGGAGGGAGUAAGGCUUUGAACAUUAUUAAGGGGCUCAAGAACAUCGACAUUGUUCUCAUACCUGCAUCGUCCUAUAACAAUAUACCUGGGAUUGACAUAAGUAUUGGUGCAGAUACAGCCCUCAACACAAUUCUAAAGAUUUCCGAUGUGUCAAAGCUAAACUCGUUUGCAUAUAAGAACAAUGCCUUUGUUAUAGAGGUUGGCGGGAAGAACUGUGGGUACUUAUCCCUAAUGGGAGGAAUAGCUGCAGGGGCUUUUGAGGUUUUCAUUCCAGAAAGAAAGUACCUUAUAGGGCACCUUUCCGAAGCGGCACAGAGGCUUCGUGUGAAGUUCAGGGAGAAAGUGAGAAGAGGAAUUGUGAUAUUCAGGAACGAGAAAACAUUCCGUUCGAUUCCCACAGAGAGCUUCUGUGAGAUCCUGAAAACUGAUAGCCAAGACCUAUUUGAAACAAACUACUGUAUCCUUGGGGAUUUACAGCAAGGAUUAAAUCCUUCGCCAAUAGAUAGAAUAAAUGCAACGAUCUUAGGAAUUGAAGCUGUUGACCUAUGCCUUCGGAGGUGUGGAGUUGGAGUUGUUGGGUUCCUGAAAGAUAAGAUCAAGUUUGCAAAAAUCGAUGAGGUAUUAGAGGAAUUCGACCAUUUUCUUGACAGGGUGAAAGAUCCUUAUUGGCUCAAGUACUCCAACAUUUGUAGGUCAGUUGAAUAA